AUGGCAAACAUGGACAUUAAUGAAUUUCGUGAGUUUGGGAAAGCCGCUAUUGAUUUCGUUGCGGACUAUCUGGAGAACAUCAGGGAAAGGGAUGUCCUCCCAUCGGUGGAACCGGGCUAUCUGCACGAUAUGCUGCCGGGGAAGUUGCAGAACGAGCCCGAGGAUUGGAAAACCAUCAUGGAGGACUUCAAACGGUGUAUACUACCCGGAUUAACCCACUGGCAGUCGCCUCAUUUUCACGCGUUCUAUCCUUCCCAAACUUCCUACUCAUCGAUCGUGGGCGAAACACUGGCCGCUGGGCUUGGUGUUGUGGGAUUCAGUUGGAUCUGCAGUCCCGUUUGUACCGAGCUGGAGGUGAUCAUGAUGAACUGGUUGGGACAGCUACUGAACCUUCCCAAAACCUUCCUGAACUGUGGUGAAGGUAAUGGUGGUGGCAUCAUCCAAGGGUCGGCGAGCGAAUCAAUACUUGUGGCGGUGUUGGCGGCUCGCGAACAGGCCGUUCGUCGUCUCCGCACUGAGCAUCCGGACCUGACGGAGGCCGAUAUUCGUGGCCGUCUGGUAGCGUACACAAGCGAUCAGAGCAACAGUGCCGUUGAGAAGGCAGGCAUUCUGGGUGCGAUCAAGAUGCGAUUACUUCCCGCCGACGAAACCAGUAUCCUGCGUGGAUCCACCUUCAUCGAAGCGGUAAAGGAAGACGUUGCCAACGGUCUGUUUCCGGUGAUUUGUAUCGCUACGCUCGGCACCACCGGUACCUGCGCGUACGACAAUCUGGCCGAGAUUGGUCCGUAUUGUAACGAGCACAACAUCUGGCUGCACAUCGACGCCGCCUACGCCGGUGCAGCCCUGUGUCUGCCCGAGUACGCUCACAUCAUGAAGGGUGCGGAGAUGGCCGAUUCGCUCAACUUUAAUCUGCACAAGUGGAUGUUCGUUAACUUUGAUUGUUGCGCCAUGUGGUUUAAGGACGCGAGCUCGGUAACGAAGUCGUUCAGUGUCGAUCGGAUCUAUCUGCAGCACCAGUUCCAGGGACACAGCAAAGCGCCAGACUAUCGGCACUGGCAGAUCCAGCUCGGCCGUCGUUUCCGCUCGCUGAAGGUGUGGAUCACGCUGCGUACGAUGGGUGCGGAACAGAUACGGAACUUGAUUCGCUUCCACAUUCAGCUCGCGAACCGUUUCGAGGAGUACGUACGUACUGACGAUCGGUUCGAGGUGGUCUGCUCCACGCUGGCGCUUGUCUGCUUCCGACUGAAAGGUGAUGAUGCGCAGUCCAAACAGUUGCUGGAUAACAUUACCAAGCGCAAGAAGAUCUUCAUGAUACCGGCCACCUAUCAGGGGAAGUUUAUUAUCCGCUUUAUGAUCUGCGGUAUCGAUCCGCAGAUGCAUGACAUCGAGUACGCUUGGGAUGAGGUACGAACGCAGGCCGAUCUUUUGUUGGGUGUGGAUCAGAAUAGGAACCAGUUGACGAAGUUGGAAGUCGAACCGGCAAGCAAACAGACCACCGCUGAACCGAAACAGUACGAGAAGAGUUCCGAAAUUGGCAAAAUUGCAGAAAGUAUAACCGGAAUUAUGAUUUCCAAUGAAAAGGGAAAGUAA